GUUGCCUUCCGUCGGACAGCGUGGUGAGAGUAGGGGGGCAGAUUUUUCCACCCCAUUCAUUUUUAAAAAUAAACGGCAGACUCUUGAAAGGACGUGGACAUGCCGUAUCGGAAGGAGAAAUACAUUUUCCUGGAGCAGUCGGUAACGGUGGAUUCGAAGGAGGUAGACGCGCUGGUUACGAAGAUCGGCGAGGCUCUGCAGCUGCAUAACAAUGCUGGUGCGAACCCGAAGGCGGCGUCAUGUUUCCACGGUCUGAACGGCACCGGUACCGGUACCGGCACCGGAAGCGUUACGCAGUCCAACAGCAACAACAACAACAACAGCGCAGCGUUGCACAGGCGGACCGGCUGCUGUGUCCGGCUCCGGAACCGGGGACUACGGAGCCGGGCCAGUCCAUACACUUUACCCGGGUCUAGUGAUCAGGAGUGGGACCGCUUAAGGACCUGGAACCGUAAGGGGAUCGAUGUCCCCGGUGAGGAGGAUGAUCCCCAUCGACUGCUUCAGGAGCUGAUUUUGUCUGGGAACCUGAUAAAAGAGGCCGUCCGGCGGCUGCAGUUCUCUGCGUCGGAGAGUGUGGAGCUUUCAAAGUCCGCCGACAAUGUCCACUGCUGAUUGGAGCCGCGGGGCCUUUAAAAAAUGCCACCUUUUGUUUGAAUGGACUGGAUAGCGACAGGAGAAAACGUGGAGGCUUCGCAGCCUUUUCACGGAGCAAUAGCUGGGUGACUCCUGGCUGCCAAGAUACACGUGCUAUACUGUUAACAAAGUGUAGAUUAUUUGUACAAGUAUGAGAUGAUGUCCGAAACGGGUCUGUUUAAAACGAAUGAACUGCCUUUACGGAUGGAAUUGUUUCCUGUUGCUGUCUGUCUGGGGAGACUGGAGCGACACUGGUCUUGUUUACACCGAGGGCGCCCGCAGUCUACAUGGCGUGUUUGUUUUGGUUCUUUUAUAUUUGGAAUGGAUUGGAUUCAAGGUCUUCAUGUCACCCAUCAAGAUGGACUUUAAGGAGUCAUGUAUUUGUUUCAAUGCACGUGGUUUUACAGUUUAGGAGCCACAUCGUGUAUCGAUAGAGAUCACAGGGGAAGUAGUAUUUCCACGAUUCAACGGAUGUUUCUUCGAAAUGGGAGGCGCCCGGGAGGGGGCGGUGCUGUGGAGGGGGGCGGGGGGUGACUGUAAAGCAGGGGGUUUUUGGUGCUCAGACAAUUCGAACCGAAUCCCGUCCUGGGCUUCGGCUGGGUUUGAUUUGCACCAUGUAAAGUACCGACUGGGUUAUGUACGCUUCGCAACGAAGUAUAUUUUUAAAAACACGUUUCCUGGUUCUUCAGGACGUCGGUGUCUUAAAUAAACGGUGUUUUGCAAUAUCC